AUUGAUUAUGUUUUCUGUAAGUCGAGUAGGAAAAUAUUUGAUUUACUAGAAGCACAUGAAUUACACCUCCAAAAGUAGCGUCGGAGGGGAUCAUGCUUCUAAAGGCAAAGGACUUGGAUUGAAACAAAGGGGUCAGGUUUAUAAUUCGGCUAGCGAGGCUCUGGAUGCUUACAUUUCAGCAUUCGAGAAACGGACCAACUACUACACUCGCAGCUCAUCGGACUUACUUGCUCCCAAACCGAAAUUCUACUUCAUGGAUUCUUUGGAAAGAAGUUUGCUAGGGAGCCCUGGUAAAUCUCCGGGCCAGAAAGUUGACGAUCUCGUUGCCUGGGUUAAUCAGACUUAUAAUCAAGACGUGAACAGCAGAGUACAACCUUUUGGUUUGAACUCCAACCAUGGCGUAGAGUCAUUUCCAGGAUCAAGGGGUGGUCAGACAAGAACGACACAAUAUUCAUCUCGCUAUUCACCAUCUCGUAGAGUUGAAGUAGAUGAACUAUCUUCACUCCCUUCUCCUAGUUCUUCCGUAGUUGAUUUGGAUAGUAAUGCAGGAACUGUUGAGACUGAUAUUUUGUUAAGUAGUUACAAAGGAGAGAAACCAGAAGAUGCUUACUCAAGGUCAAACAUAUAUGAACAGUACCCAAAAGCAAGACCAACAUCUCUAAAAGUAUCAGGGAAAUCUCCAAAGCAAUAUGGCAGUAAUAUUGAGUAUCCUAGUUGGGUGUCUAGUCUGGGUAAAGAGUACCCAAGCUGGGUAGAGGACUUGGACAGCACAGCACUAUCGAAAAAGGCAUCUAGGAGUCCACAGCAUAAAUACUCAAGUACUGUGAGAACAAGUCCAAAGAUUAAUACGUCUAGUAGCUCUUUAGACUCCAAAAGAGAACUCAAAGUCUCAGAUCUCAAAGUAAGAACACCGCCAUCCAAAUCAAGGACAACUAAAACCAAGCAUCUGAGCCUAGGGAAAGCUGACAAGGAAUAUUUAAGAGACUGGACAGACACUGCAAGUAUGGACACUGAUAUCCUACUGUCGCAGCCAAUGUAUGGUGACCGGCCAGUUAAUAUGGGUGGAGACUUACAUCAAACAUUACAUAAAGAUCAAAAAGUUACUAGACUUAAAAAAGAGUCGACAAAAAAGCUAAAAAAAAGUUCGGAAAAAUCUCGGUCCAGAGCGCGCGAAAGGACGCAAAUUUCUCCUCGUUCUAAGAGUGUGUUAGUUACGCCAGAUCAUGGUGUCCGUGCCGUAUCUCCAAGAGAGUACCAAAGUGCUCCCCCAAAGUCUAGAAUGCGUCCUGAAGCUAGCGUAUCUCCAAGUUCAUAUCGGGACUAUUCUCCGCUCAGGUCGGGACAUUUGAGACCAUCCCCGGAACGCUUGGAACUCAAACCUACGCAAUUCAGUAUGCCAGUAAGGAGUCCAAACUUUAGAAGUACAGAAAUUUACCAAAGAGAAGAGUAUCCCUCCCCUAUGUCUAAGUACACCACCCCUUCCACCGAUAAAAGACAUUCACCCGUUAGAAGUCAUGCAAGAGAGUCUGAAUACCGUGGGUCUGGAGAAGAGUAUUCGUCCCCUAUGUCUAAGUACACCUCCCCUUCCACCGAUAGAAGACAUUCACCCGUUAGAAGUCAUACAAGAGAGUCUGAAUACCGUGGGUCUGGAGAAGAGUAUUCGUCCCCUAUGUCUAAGUACACUUCCCCUUCGACUGAUAGAAGACAUUCACCCUUAAGUAGUCAUGCAAGAGAGUCUGGAUACAACGGGUCUGUAACGAGAAAGCCACCGAGCCCGAGUCACAUAAAGCACUCGGGCACGCGAUCGCGGAAAUCAAAAGACUCGAAACCUGGACUAGGAGAAGAUGCUGAUAAAGAUGCUUCAGAUACUGAUAGGGAAAUGAGAAAGUCACCCACUGGUAUCAAGAUGGAAAAGGUGUAUCGGGAUCCUUCCACUAUGUAUCCGUGGAAAACCAUGAUACAGUCACGCAAUCAUAAGUCAGUGGCAUUUAGUGACGGCUAUAGCCCUGGACUUGCAAAACCUGUUUAUAAAUCCACACCAGCUGUGAAAAAUGAAGCGAUAGCUAGCCAGAGGUAUAUGGCGAGCAAGGUGCCAUCGCGUGACUUGAGUGGUAAUGUCACGCAACCGGAGGAGUAUGUGACAAGACGCAUCACGCAUUAUUUUCCUAAGGCAUCUCCAGGACUUAAGAGCGCACCGCCACAACCGGUAUUCACAAGUACAAGUCAAACAAUCCCCACUCAUAAACCACCUAUAGCACCAAGGAGCUUAGAUAGACUAGGAAAACACCAGAGAAGCCGAACGAUGCCCGAUCUAAGGACGAUAGGUUCCGGGGUCAAGUCUCUACGUCAUUCGAAGGGCAGACGUAGUUAUGACGAUGAUUUAUUGAGUGUUGUGACGUCAGACACGGAGGUGUUACUCACUCAACCUCCAAUGCCAAUAGUAGACGUUAGUCCAUCUCUAACUACUGUAUCAGAUAGUAGCGACACUAUCGUAGGUUCAGACACCGAGUCCGAGAGAGAAACCUAUCGACGGUCGAGUCCUACGAGGUCAAUACCAGUGAGACAAGAAGAAACGUCCUUUAAUUCUGCGCAGGGAGGGGAGGGUGAGAAAUUCUCACCCACGAGUGCGUUCGCGUCUUCGAGUCCGUAUGCAGCAGUGAGAGAAGAGCUUCCAAAGAGAUAUCAUUUAUGGAAAUUAGACGACGAUACCACGGCUCCUGAUAGUUUUAUCAAAAAGAAACACGUGGCAAGUGGAAAGUCGACCAUUAUUUCUUCGUUCCUCGAGGACUGUUUAAAUAUAGAUGAUAAAGAUAGCUUGUAUGACUAUAAUAGAAACCUGAUUCAAAACUCUUCUCAACCAGUCUCCACACGGUUAAGUGGUCGAGAGGGAGCCCCGGGUCCGGUUGAGGCUCUUAAAAACAUGCUCUUUACCAUGCAAGACAUGGCGCAUCACAAAGAUGCUGCACAGAGAGACGAAGAACCGCAAAGCUGCAAGUCACUCCGGGCACCUCUUAUUCGGCCUUUGGACGAGGAUAUCAAAGAUGAUCAAAGUGAAGCUUCGUCGCAGCUUUUUCACGGAGAAGAAUCUCUACAAAGAGCUUAUCACCACCUCCAGCGACUAAAACGCCUUGUUGGAAGCGAAGACGAUCAAUCAUCGGUUGAUUCUGAAAUAUAAUUCACUUUAUUAUACCAAUGUAUUACGAAUGGAAGAGAGAUAAUCUGAUUACAACUUCAAUAAGAUCUAUUCGAUUUA